ACUGCAAGCAGUGGAAUUUUUCCCAUAUACACUGUACAAGCAUGACCCCGUGAAAAGUCGAAUAGAUACAAAAUAUUUCAUAUCUAAGUUGUACCGCAGCUGUAGAAGGACGCAUUCGCAAUGGCCACAGUUAUUGUAGCAAUAGAUGAAAGUAAAUUUGCAGAAAAUGCCUUGAAAUGUUAUAUGGAAAACUUCCACAAACCCGGACACAAGGUGAUAGUUCUCCACGUCAUAGAGAACCUGAUCGAUGCCAAGGACAUGAGUCCAGGACGUAUUAUCGAAUUGCGAAGAGAGGCCCAGAAUAAAGCACAGGCUUUGAAAGACAAAUACUCAAAAGUUGUGACUGACCUUGGGGCGGGAAGUGAAGUUAGAAUAGAAACAGCGGAAAAACCGUCGCAUGCUAUCGUGGAGAUUGCUGGAAAAGAAAAGGCCCAAUUCAUAGUGACCGGAAGUAGAGGAAUGGGGGUCAUACGACGAACCAUUCUCGGCAGUACCAGUGACUUUAUACUUCACCAUGCCCACUGCCCAGUAGUGGUAUACAAAAUGGACCAUCAGUAGCAUUGCGCAGGCGUAUCUGAAGAAGUGAUGGAAGAAUUAGAUGUUCUAUAAUAUUUAAGCUGUUGUGAUCAUCCCUCGGCAUAAGCUGUAUAUGUCUAAUAGCAUCGUCAUAUUUAGUUUUACAUUAGUCUUUAUUUACAAUUACAUUCUUAUUACUUGUAUAAUGUGUUCUCUAUAUUAUAUAGUAUGUUGUAUCCAGAUUCUAAACCAUAAUGGUGGAGAUUUGUUGUUAUACUGAAUAUUUUAUUUUCUAAAUAUUUUCAAAGAU